UCUUCGUUGGCGGAGUCAUCCAACUCUCUGCGGCCGCGCUUCUUAUAUUAUACACGCAUCGGAGAAUUCCGGUCGUUGUUAUUUUUCAAACGCGGGAAUAUACGAAAAUGUUCCCCGUUUUUCGCGUACGUUCUUAGUGCCGUUGUGUUUAAUUCACGUGUAUACUGGAUCAUGGAAAAAGUCGUCUACGGUACCACCGGGUUACCGUCCAAGUACCGCCAGAAUUUUUCCAACAAUUUCUAUCAGAAUGUUCCCAGAGGAACCCUCCGACCCGUCGCGAUCGACUAUACCUUACCAAAUUGCGGUGGUACUCGGAGAUCUACAUCGAUCGCAUCCAUCUCACAUACCCAUCAUACCCUCUGGCAGGAGCGAUAUCAGCACGGUACUCCUAUGUCAUGCGCGGGGGUGGAACGGAAACAAUCGUCGAAGGGUAGAGUGUGUUCGAUAGCCUUAGCCGUAGCAUCGUUCGUAGUAUUAAUAAUCGUAUUAGCCAUAGCCGGAUUAGCAUUGUACAUGGGGAUAUCCCAGACAGAUUCGCCAUAUAAUGCAAUAAUAUCGUUCAGCGGGAGCGCGAAAGUGCUGAGAGGGGACCGAUUUCUAGGCGGUCUUGAAGAGAAGGCCAAAAAAUACAGACGGCAAAUAGAUAUGCUCUAUCAAAAUAGCGCCUUAGGGCCCGCUUUGGCGUCCAGUGCCGUCGAUGGUUUCGGCAAAGAUGGAUUCACCAUUUAUUUUCGAUUAAGUUUCAAUCGAAAAAAAUUAUCUGACAACUUGACUAACAUCGAGAAAGCUCUCAAAGAUAUACUGCUAAGCGACGCGCUAUCAAAGAAACCGAUUUUCAAAAACGUGAGGUUCGAUCCAAGAAGUGUGGUGGUUAGAUUGACACCGGACGGUUCCAAUGCGUACUCGCCUCCAUCGCACAUUACGUCAGCGUCAAAUUCAAAAAGUUCAUCGAAAUCGAAAGGGGUGGUGUUAAAAUCGCCUAAAAAUAUCACCACCAGUCCCAAGCCCUUCUUGAAAGAUGAACCGGAUUUCAACGAAGAAGAUUUGCCCGUGAUUCAGGGUUCUUUUAAAAUUAGCAAAACCGAAGCGGAUAUUACAGAGAAGAAGACCGAUGCGGCUACCACAAAAGCGAAAACGUCUACUACUAGCACGACUACUAUGAAAAUAACUACGGUUAAGGAAUCUUCUACGACGAGCGCUUUUUACAAAAUUACCACCGAUAAACCGAAACCGACCACAACUACGGCCGUAACAUCACCGUUACCACGUAGUAGCGAAGUUCCUCAAACCACGUCGAAAUUUAUAGGCAGCCCUCAGUUGUUCGGUGACGCUCCCUGGGUGCCCAUUUUGCCGAAUACUCCUGGGUUUUUGAGCGAGGCGGCACCUGUCGUCGAUCAACCUACUUACACGAGUUUCACAAAUCCGGGAUUAUCGUUUAAUUUCCAAGAUGCCGAAAAAUUGGGAUCCCAAAACUUAAAAGGCCACCCAAUUCCGAUCAACAAAAUUCCGUUUACCACCACCAACGCAGAGGACGACCAUUUCGUGAAAGUCGAUACUUUGAGGUACCCUACGACCGUAAAACCGAAUACCGAACCAAUGAAAAAUAUUUCCGCGAUAUUUCAAAAUUUGGCGUCGACACUGGAAGAACCGUUUUACGACGACAAAGAGGAAACGAAAGAAAUAUCGGGUCAGGGACACGUCGAAGUUGUCGACGUCGACGUCGAAGAGUUGCUAAGCCACACUACCAAGAUACCAUUGGUGACGUUACUCCCGGUCAGAUCGAAUUCGGGUAUCGGUCGACCCUUUCGAAAACGCUUAGGCGACGGCCAUAACGUUUCGGUGGAAAAUCGCAGUUUUCCGGGUGAAACGGCUCGAGUUGGACAACCGAAGGAAGCGACAAGCAAUUACCAAAUAAUGGGAGUACUAAAUUUUGCUACCGAAACGUACGGUUUGCCCGAAACGCGAGACCAGCACGACAUCGUACGAUUCCCCAAAAUGGAACAGGAGAAUUUCGAUUCUGUUAACCACACGGCGGUUCCAUCAUUCUUCACUAGCGGCGUCUUGAAAGGCAACGCGUUAUCAGUCGAAAAAAUCAAACAGCUCGCCGAAAUCAGUAAAAUCAAUACCAACGACACGGUUAUCGUUAACGAAGCGAAAGCUAUUUCUUCUAGCUAUUCCAUUAACCACGACGGACUUAAAGUGCUGACCAAAACGCUCAACAAGGCUCCUAAUUCUUUUAGCAAAAACGAUACCACCAUUUUUUCCAAACUUGGAUCGAAUUCUUUGCAUAGGGACGUCGAUUGCGCGUUCAAAUGCGGAGACGGGAAAUGUCUAGCGGAAACCACCAAAUGCAAUCAAUUGAUGGACUGCGCGGACGGAAAAGACGAGGCGAAUUGCACCUGCGCGGACUAUUUAAAAUCGCAAUACUUGACGAGUAAAAUUUGCGACGGAAUAGUCGACUGUUGGGAUUUUUCCGAUGAGAAUAGAUGCGAUUGGUGCGAACCGAACCAAUACGUGUGCAGCAACUCCAAGGUUUGCAUCGAAAAAGAAAAAAUCUGCGACGGUUUAAGAAAUUGCCCGCAAGGCGACGACGAACGCCAAUGCGUAACCGUCGCACCCGAUCUUCGAAAAGCCGAUGAGUUUCCAUAUUAUUCUGACGGCUACUUGAUGGUUCGAAAACUGGGUAGGUGGGGCAAAUUGUGCAUAGACAAUUUCGAAAACGUGGUAUCGAAUUCUCGUAUAUCGUGGGAAAUCGAAGAUCUCGGAAAAGCGAUCUGCAAGUCGAUGACUUAUCAAUACAUGGAAAGCAUCGUGGGCGCCGAAGAAUCGGAAAACGAACGGGAACAGAUGUAUUUCGAGCUGGUAUACACAACGCAAGACAAAUCGAAGUCUAAGUCGAGUUUAUCGUUUAAGGAGACUAGUUGUCCAGCAAAGAAAGUAGUAAAAGUUUCUUGCCAGUCCUUAGAGUGCGGCGCUCGGCCUCAAGCUAUCAAGCAUAUUGCUAGGGUUGUCGGCGGUGGAAACGCUGGUCUAGGGGCGUGGCCGUGGCAAGUAGCGCUUUAUAAGGAGGGUGAGUUUCAAUGCGGGGCAACGCUUUUGUCCGAUCGCUGGCUCCUGUCCGCCGGCCAUUGUUUUUAUCGUUCGUCGGGGGAACAUUGGGUCGCGCGUCUCGGCGCCUUGCGUCGCGGCACCAAUCUGCCGUCGCCUUACGAGCAACUGCGAAACGUCAUCCGUAUAAUCGUCCAUUCCGGUUAUCUAGAUUUCGGGUUUAUAAAUGACAUAUCACUGUUGCAAAUGGACCGUCCCGUUGUUUUCAGCGAUUACGUCAGACCCGUUUGUUUACCCCAGCCCGAUCACAAUCUUGAAGACGGACGCCUCUGUACCGUGAUCGGCUGGGGUCAACUGUUCGAAGUCGGACGUAUCUUUCCUGACACCCUCCAAGAAGUACAGAUCCCGAUCAUAUCAACCCUCGAAUGUCGAAAGCGAACGUUAUUUUUUCCGUUGUACAAAAUCACCGACGACAUGUUCUGCGCAGGGUACGAAAGGGGCGGACGGGACGCUUGCCUAGGCGAUUCUGGCGGACCGCUGAUGUGUCCCGAGCCUAACGGCCGUUGGACUUUGUACGGUAUAACCAGCAACGGAUACGGUUGCGCGAGAGCUAACCGCCCGGGGGUUUAUACGAAAGUGGCUAAUUACGUCGAAUGGAUUUAUGCGUACGUUAACGGGGACGCAAAUACAUUGAGGAAUACGACAAAAAUUGUGACGUCCUGCUCCGGGCAUCGUUGCCCUUUAGGCGAGUGUUUACCGGAACGUAGAUUGUGCAACGGUUUUAUUGAAUGUAGCGACGGGAGCGACGAAAAGGGUUGUUGAGGCCACCGGAUAGCUUUUUUCUCAGACGGUGUGGUGUGGUGUUAUAAUAUAACAAAUUGUGUACAUAAAGAAAAAUGA